GUCUUCAGGUAGUUUUUGUUCCUACAUAAUUCAUUUUUAGCUUGUUAAAGUAAACUGAACACAACAUGGUGACACUGACAGCGAUCGUAGCGCCUCUCGGCCGACAAAUCCACAGACAUCUGGCGAAGCAUGUCAGAAGACAGCGAUGGAUACCUGCUCGGGCAUGCAACUUGUCCGCAUGCUCCAGCAGAUUAGCCCUGAGUCAAGGCUCCGCCCACAAGAGAUAUAUAGGCCAUGUUUAUGAUGUCUGCAGAACAUUUCAUUGAAAACAUCCCUGAAGAUGCAAUAUAAGUCACGAGGUUUUUUGCCUGUAAGAGUUUUUAAAAAAUUAGUUUUAUCAGGUUGUAGUAAGUAGACAAAUAAAGAAUAUUAAACAGGGUAUAACAUGGGGCCUGAAACUCGUUUUUACAAGAGUGAGUGGGUAACAAGAUUGUAAACUUAGGCUAAACUAAACUCAGUGGGAGUAGUUAUUUAUAAACUUAGAUUUCAUAAUUUUUUUGUAAUUGGUUUGCACGCAAGAAGUAUCAUGUAUAACAAUGUCAUAUUCUUGAAUAUUACUAUAACUGUUGUAUAUGUUUGUUCUCAUAUCUUUACCAUGCAAGUAGUAGCUGUUACAGAUUUCAUUUCUAUUGUGUAGACCUUAUCUUAUCUAAAACCGAUUGGUUUAUCAACACAUAAAACGGGUCUUUUCCGAUUUUAACGGUUUAAGCCUCACAUUGAAAGCCACAUAAAAGCAAAGAACAGUUAAAGUUUAAUAAGUAAAGGUUACUUACAACUAACCUAGUUGUAAAAUCAAGUGAACAUUAACAAAGGAACAAUAAAGUGUUUUUCAGUUAUUGUGGUCUGGCAGCUCCAUGCUUUUGGUAAUGAAAAUUACAGAGUAAACAUCCCAAAUCAAGUUUAUUACAAAUGUUCAUUUUAAUCGACAUUUAAUCAAAGACUGAGCUUAAAUAAGAUAUUUUAUAACAGAGUUAUAGUUAGAACCCAUGCUGUGUUUGCUUACCACAAAAUGGGUCAGCACAGUUAUAAUCCCUCUUUACUAGACCACUUAAAUGGCUGACAGGUCAGGAAUUAUAGUAAAGGCCAUUUUAAUCUCAUGAAAAGCCUGUUGAUCACAUUCUCUGGUCGCUUUAAUUCCUUCUGUAGAAUUUAGAGCAUGUGACCACAAUCUAAGCAGUUAUUGUGCAAGAAGAGCUCCGAUAGCAAACCUUCUUGCUGUAUAAAGGAACUCUUUCGUGUUUGCUCAAGGAUAGCCUAUAACGUUCCCAAGGCAAAGACUAUUCAUAAAGGUGGCAUAAAAUCCUGCUGACUGUCUUCCUGUUGAGCGUUACAGUCAGUUUUUCCCUGACAUUCCGAAUGUCAGGGGUUUUUUUUUUUUUUCUUCUUUUUUGAGUCAUCGAGUCACAGGAGGAAGCAUAUUUUCUUCUCGACUUUUACUUCUCUAACACAUUCCAGAAGGACGGCUCGUCUCCUCUUUGUGCCGCUUGAGUUGGAUUUCUUUCUGCUGCUUUUUUUCUUGUUGGGAUUUUAAGCAUUUAAUUUUAGAAUCAGAACAAAUGUGUAACGCAACGUGUGAGGCUGCCCUGUGUGCCAUAAAAUUACAUCCGAUGUGGCAGGAGCCGCUUGCCAUUCCCGGUGGAGAUCGCCAGUCUCCUAUUGACAUCGUGGUGCGUAAAAGCAUCUUUGAUCCGCAGCUCAGACCUCUGAAAGUGCAGUAUGACCCAAGGACCUGCCAGCAGAUCUGGAACAAUGGUUACUCUUUUCUAGUCGAGUAUGACGACACCACUGACAAAUCUACUCUGAAGGGAGGACCACUGGAGGAUCAGUUCAGACUGUGUCAAUUUCAUUUCCACUGGGGAGAAAACAACACCUGGGGCUCUGAGCACUCCAUAGACCGCCGCCUUUACCCUGCUGAGCUCCAUCUUGUUCACUGGAACUCUGACAAGUACAGUUUGUUUGAGGAGGCUGUUAUGGAGGAGAAUGGACUAGCUGUUAUUGGAGUCUUUCUUAAGAUUGGAAAGAGGCAUGAGGGUCUUCAGAAACUGGUGGAUGCCUUGCCAUCAGUCAGACACAAGGAUAGCGUGGUAGAGUUCACCAAAUUCAACCCUGCAUGUCUCCUUCCGGAGAACAUUGAUGACUAUUGGACAUACGCAGGUUCUCUGACCACUCCUCCUCUUACUGAGGCGGUGACAUGGAUUGUGAUGAAACAGCACAUUGAAGUCAGUCACGAUCAGUUGGCAGUGUUUCGAAGCUUGCUGUUCACAUCGGCAGAAGAGCAGGAGCAAAGAAGUAUGGUCAACAACUUCCGCGUUCAGCAGGCUUUGAAGGGACGAACUGUCCGUUCGUCUUUCUCCCCCUUUCUCCAAGAUGCGCCCACAAUGGAGUAGCAACAAAACUCAAUGACCUAAUUCACAUCCUAACCUUCAAAAGAAGCACAAAAAGACUCAUCAGUCACUCUUUAUGAUGUGCUGAUAUCCGUAUGGUCUUAACUGGAUUUUGUAAAUGUUUUCACCAGAGAUUCCAUUGAAAGGGAUUAGCAAAUAUAUAGUUUAGUUAUUGAAAGAGUUAGUUUAUUCCUGUCAAAAGGUUCAUCCAAUUCAUCGUCAUUUCGCUGUAUUUGUACAAGUAAUGAAAAUAAUGCUAGAAUUUAAGAAAUUCUAAUUGCAAUAUGAAACACGCACAACAUUUCCUCUCACCGUAGUGGCAAGGGAUGUCCAUGUUUGAGGACAAACAGCCCCCUCUUGUGGAUCACUGACAAUGCACAUGCCUUGUUUUGGGGCAUUAGACCUUGCAAAGUUUUUAAUUUGUGUAUACAGUAGUUUUAGUUUAGUGCUACACUUACCUUGUUUGCUGCGAGGGAAUUUAUUUUAUGCAUGAUACUGACAAUGCCUUUCACUUUAGGUUGGUUUUUAGAUGCUAAAUACAGUUUUUUUUUUAGUAGGUCUAAUAUACAUCUAGAGAAUAUGUUAAGGCUACAUUAUAACAUUGCAGUAUAAAUAAGACUAGAAAUAUAGUCUUUAUAAAAGGUACACAAGACAUUUAGAAAUUUCAAAGGAAAAGGAGUAGAUUAAUGCACACAGUUGUUUAGUGAAGAUGCAUUACUGUUCUUGAUAUGUGCAGAAUAGGUUAGUAUCAUCCUUAGUGCCUUUUGCAUUGGACAUAAUCAUUGAUUAGUUCUCCAUUGCUCUCAUGUAAUCAGUAAUCUGCAACUGCACAAGUGGUUGGCCACAUUUGCCUUUCGGUAAAACGUGCCUCCAGUACAAAUCUACAAGUCUUUGUUGUUCUCAUGAUAUUACGUUCGUAAUUGUUCAUCUGUGGAUCUUGAACGUGUAUUUAGUGUUGGUGAUUUUAAAAAUAACAGAGAAACUAGUCUUUAUGUCAGAAUGUCUUGUAAAAUGUAUUUGGGAGCACCUGGAUGUGUCUUUCCACUAUUUCAUGAAAUACCUCUCAGAGAGGAACCUCCAUUUUUGAGCAUAUGUGCUCUAUUUAAUUUCUCCACUAGAGGUGUACAUGAAACCAGGCACAAUGUAGAAAUGAGAUCUACAGUAAGACCCACUGAUUGUUAUAUUUCAAUAUUGGUGCAUUCCGUUUUCCUUUCUGAAAUAUGCUGUAAGUGGCAAUAAAAAUGAAACUGAGACACUAAAGUUGUUAGAAACAUCCAGGACCUUUUAUGCUGCUAGUAUUAUAUGUGCAAAUGAAUUGUGCAUUUACACCUUGGGUACUUCAAUGUUUUUAGAUUGAUGAUAAUAUUUAGAAGAUGGUUGAAAAGUAACAUCAGUGUUCAGUUGUUCCAGGCAGGUGCAGAAACAGCAGAAGUUCAACAUGCAGCUAAAAUUGCCAAGAGACGCUGGUCUCUUUGUGAUGGUUGAAUAACAAUGCUCUUGUAUAAACUGUCCCUAAAAAGGCCUCUCAUUUGAAUGGGCCACCUGGUUUUCUCCCUACUUGGUCCAUGGUUGAAAUUCAAAGUGAUACUAACUAGACUGGAAAACUGGAUUUACACUGUACAAACUUUAGGUUACGGGGAGACUGGGAUCCCUUCCCUCCACCUGCCCAAGUCUUUAGCUACUCUUAUAGUAGUGAACAUUCUUUCACAUCAGGAGGCCCUGGAACAAUGUUUUCUCAUUGAAGCAGCAUUGAAUGGUGUGUGAAGACACCUUUUGUUGAAUUUGAAUUACGCAGUGAAUGAAUUAUGGAUUAAGGUUCUUGGACAUUCUGACUCUUUGCUGUUGGUAUUGAGGGCCAUGUUGGCAUGGUUUUGUACCCCCCACACACCCAUGAUUUGCCUCCGUUUUGUCACUUUUAAGGGAAUUUAAUAAACAUGGUUUAACACUAAAACUAGUUUUGUUUUAUAGACAGCCCUUUUACUUUUCACUUGAAGUCAUUUACAUAACUGUCACUUGUGCUGCCUAUAUUUUAUGAUGCAAAUGUAUGCAAAACUUUAUUAUGAUUCAUUCUUGUGUUGUGUACAAACUGCAUUAUUCAUUAUUAGUUUUAUGAGAUUUUGUAUUUGAAAUGUAUUUGGCCCAUUUUUGGUUGAUUUUCAUUUUGUUUUACUUUUGGGUGGACACAAGCAUGUGCCCUGGGGAUUUAAGCAGGAAGAGGGUGGAGCCGGAGGUUUAUGGGGGCCCCAUCCCAGCAAGAGUUGUUGCAGGUGCUGGUUAGGUCCGGAUCAGCUGCGCUAAAAAGUACGUGUUUUAGCGGACUUAGCAGAGGGGGUGCCUACAGACCCAAAAAUGAACAUCAACAAAUACACAAUAUAACCUCUCGUUCAUGCUGUCUGACAUGUAUAUUAACAUUUUAUGUGUAAAAAAUGAAAUAAAAAAAUCUUGAGCCAA